UGUCCCAUGAUCAUAUGAUCAUUUAAUGUUUAAUAUUUGAGAAGAACCCCGUAGUAGUAUUUCGUAAAUAUAUUCGGUAAAGUUGGCUUGUUUUGUAGCUUUUUAGCUCUUAAUUUGUUGAAAUAUUACAAUGGCACUCAGCGAUGCUGAUGUUCAAAAGCAGAUUAAGCAUAUGAUGGCUUUCAUUGAACAAGAAGCCAAUGAAAAAGCCGAAGAAAUCGACGCGAAAGCAGAAGAAGAAUUUAACAUAGAAAAGGGGAGGCUUGUUCAACAACAGCGUUUGAAGAUUAUGGAAUACUACGAGAGAAAAGAAAAACAAGUAGAAUUACUAAAAAAAAUUCAGUCGUCAAAUAUGCUGAACCAGGCACGACUGAAGGCCUUGAAGGUUCGUGAAGAUCAUGUUCGGAAUGUCCUGGAAGAAGCUAGGCGUCGAUUGGGUGAGGUGACGAGAAAUCCCAGUAAAUACGCAGAGAUUCUGAAUUUGCUAAUUCUGCAGGGUUUGCUACAGCUGUUGGAAGCAAACGUGACAGUACGUGUCCGAGAAGUUGACCAGUCAACAGUAGAGGGCCUCCUGCAAGGUGUGGCAAACCAGUACAAAGAUAUCACAGGCAAAGAUGUGAAUUUGAAGGUGAACACAGAAUCUUUCCUGGCUCCUGACGUAACAGGAGGCAUAGAACUUCAGGCACAGAAAGGGCGUAUCAAAAUUUCCAACACUUUGGAAGCCCGUCUCGAUCUCAUUGCUCAGCAACUUGUACCAGAGGUCCGAGGUGCACUGUUUGGACGAAAUCCUAACCGCAAGUUUGCCGACUAGAUGCCAGACUCCAGCAAUAGCUACAUUCCAUUUUCUCUGUUGUUUGUAGGGUGAGACUUUUUGGAGGAAGGGUAAGGGCCUUUAAGGGAAAAAACUCCCACGUCACACAUACAGUGAGACCCUGAUUUAAUAUAAGAGAUUUUCACCUUUCCAAAACUCCUGACUUAAUUCGGUGUGACUGUGACUUAUAUUAGCAGAACCUUGGGGGAGAAAACUUCCAGUUGCCCCAGAUACUCGGACCAUUACUAGAUCCAUUGUGCACCCUUGAUUGCGUUGGGGCCCUACAAAGAGCCCCUAACUUUAAUGCCAGAGCCAGAUUCAGUGUGAUUGAGGCCCUCAUGAUAUGUAUCAUCUGUAACCAUUCAGAGCUGAAGACCUCUAUUGUAUGCCCAACCAAAGCCGGACAUCAACAAAGUAUAUGUUUGGAGUAUUCCUCCUGUCCAUGUUUCCUGCAAACGGCACCUCAUGAGAAGUUCAAAGUAGCAGUUGUGGUUGAAACAGUCACUGCCAAUUAGUUUGAUGUUGCAUAAAUCAUUUGUAUAGCAACAUCUCAGUCUAACUAUGGCAACAAAUUACAUUAUCAUAAUUUCAUACUUCAGUCUUAAAGGAUGAACAGAGUCUUUUUGUAAUUUUGCAUAACUCUCAGUUAGUGUAAGAAAAUCUGUUCUCCCAGAAAUUCAUGUGUACCAUUGGGAGUUUAGCAAUACGCUAAAUCAUACAGCUUUCCUCCUCUGAGCAGUACCUUACAGACACAGACCAAUGCAGCACACAUAGUAUUAGAGAACUUGUAAAAAUGCUAUUAAUGUGUAAAACACAAACUGCAUUUUCAUUUCACUCCAUAAAUGUUAAGACAGUUAGGCAGUCCAAAAUGUUAGAAUAAUAUAAAAUUCUUAAUUCACUUGGUGACCAAAUGCAAUUAAGCCUUCUCAGGUUAUCAUCUGUGUCAGUGCAGAACAAAAUUCAGUACUUAUGUGGCCGAUCUCCCGAGAAGACUUCAUCGUAUCUGAGUACAAAUUGCAUGUUCACUUGCCUCCCCAUCUGUAGUUAAAGUAUUAUUACUUGUAUGAUAACAAGAAAAGGAUAUAUAUGAAAAAUUAAGGGGAAAUAUAUGUAUAAAUAUGGUGAAAAGCGUUGUGACUAGAUGUAUAUAUGUACAGUAGCAGUGGGAUAUA